AUGGAGGUGAUGGGCCCCAAGCUCCGCUCUCUGGCCGGAAUGGUGUUCUAUAUCCCGUGGUCACUAGGCGUCGUGGCGUGGGGAGGCUACGCCUACCUUCUCAGGGACUGGAGGAUGCUGCAGCUCACUGUAUCCCUCACCGGUCUGCUCUUCUUACCAGUGCUGCUGGUGAUUGAUGAGUCCCCGAGGUGGUUAAUGGUCCAGGGGCGCCCUCACGAGGCCCUAAAGGUGGUGAAGAAGGGGGCCCGCUGGAACAAGGUCUCCCUUCCCCCUGACCAGCACCUUCUGCAACUUCUUACCCAGCAGACAGAAGAAGAGAAACCAGUUGGUGAUGGGGACAGUCUCUUCAGCUCUCUCUGGGCCAACCUACGAGCAGCUGCUAUCCUUGUCAGGAAAUUUGUUAACUUUGGUGAAUCUCUCGUCCUGACCAGAACUCCUAGGCUUCGCACCAUCACCUUUUGCAGCGGCCUAAUCUAUUUCGCAAUAUCCAUGGUGUAUUUUGGUCUUAGCCUAAGUGGGGGGAACUACACCUCCGACCCAUUCCUGUACAUGGCCCUGACUGGCGCUGUAGAGGUGCUUGGUGCCGUCUCAGUGCCACUGGUGACCCGCGUAAGCAGGAAAAUCCUGGUGAUUGUCUUUGUCCUGCUCACCGGUGCUUCCCUGCUGUGUCUAGCGGUCAUACCAACAGAGAUGGAAUGGCUGAUCAUCACAUUAGCCAUGGCCGGCAAGUUCGCCAUCAACAUAGCUUUCAACAUCAUCAUCCUCUUCUCCACCGAACUGUUCCCCACGGAGGUGCGAAAUCGAGGUGCUGGCACCUGCUUCAUGCUGUCUAGGCUUGGUGUCCUGGUCGCCCCUAUCGUCACCGAUUACCUGGUGUUACUGCACACCUGGCUGCCCUCAGUGGUGCUGGGGACGGCGGCAGUGGUGGCAGGUCUGAUCACCUUCACCCUCCCGGAGACACUGAACACCACCCUGUAUGACACCGUCACCCAGAUGGAACAACAUUAUCCGGCAACCCAGUUAUCCGGCAACCCAGUUAUCCGGCAACCCAGUUAUCCGGCAACCCAGUUAUCCGGCAACCCAGUUAUCCGGCAACCCGACUCUUUCCAACAACCAGACUAUUCGGCAACCCAAAUUUCCAGCCCAGAAAUCAUUCGGUCUUGCCAAGUUCAGUAA